ACACAAAAGGUUCGUUGUGUAACUAAUUGAGGGGCUUUGCUGUACACGUCGGAGGGGCAAAUACGCUUGAGCCUGAAGGGUUGCGCGGUUUUAAGACAUUCCUGCACGGAUUGGGGCGACGCAACGCGAGCGGGGUGGUGGCUUUACAUAAUAAACGGCAUGCUUUUCACGUGAAAUGGCCCUUUAAAAAGCCAGCGUCCUCCAAUCAGGCCGAGGCACUGCGUAAACAGGCGGACGGAGAGGAGACGAGCGUGUGCGUGCGUGUUUGGGGUCUUUUUUUUUUAGUCCGUGGUGACAAAUCGGCUCCGAGAAUGGUCUCGUCGUAUCCUUUACCGGAGGGCUUCUCCGAGUUUGAUGUCUUCUCCCUGGGAUCGUGCCUUCUGGUCGAGGGUCUGAUGGGGUUCUUCUUAAACGCGGUCACCAUCACCGCUUUCCUCAAAGUGAGAGAGCUGAGGACCCCAAGCAAUUUCCUGGUGUUCAGUUUAGCCAUGGCCGACAUGGGCAUCUCCAUGAACGCCACCAUUGCGGCUUUCUCCAGUUUCCUCAGGUACUGGCCGUAUGGCUCUGAGGGAUGUCAGACUCACGGAUUCCAGGGUUUCAUGACAGCUCUCGCCAGCAUCCACUUCAUCGCUGCCAUCGCCUGGGACAGAUAUCACCAGUACUGCACAAGGACAAAGCUGCAGUGGAGCAGCGCCGUCACUUUGGUCAUCUUCAUCUGGCUCUUCAGCGCCUUCUGGUCGGCCAUGCCUCUCAUCGGCUGGGGCGAGUACGACUACGAGCCCCUCAGGACCUGCUGCACUUUGGACUACAGCAAGGGCGACAGGAAUUACGUCUCCUAUUUGAUCCCCAUGAGCGUUUUCAACAUGGUCGUCCAAGUGUUUGUCGUUAUGUCCUCCUACCAGUCCAUUGCACAGAAAUUCAAGAAGACUGGAAACACAAAGUUCAAUCCAAAUACUCCCCUUAAAACCAUGCUGCUGUGCUGGGGACCCUACGGCCUACUGGCCUUCUACGCUGCAGUGGAGAACGCUAACCUGGUCUCACCCAAGCUGAGGAUGAUGGCCCCCAUCCUGGCCAAGACCUCCCCCACCUUUAACGUUUUCUUGUACGCUUUGGGGAACGAGAACUACCGAGGAGGAAUCUGGCAGUUCCUCACUGGGGAGAAGAUCGAAGUGCCUCAAGUUGACAACAAGUCCAAAUAAACUGCUGAUGUUGCACAGUCAUUUCAUUUAUGGUGGUAGUGGUUCACUUCAGGGUCACUUCCUGUUUAAUAUUAUUACUUAAUUGUUGUCGUUUUAAUGGGUGAAUCGUUAUCAUUAUUACCAGAGUAUUAUCAUAAUUACCACUUUAUUGUAUUAAAUGUAGGGAAAUUACAAAAACUGUACUCUAGUGAUGUAGUGAGGAUGUAUUGCAAAUUCAGGUUGGACCUAAAAAUAUUUAUAAAAAAAAAAAAACAGUUCUUGUUGAAAUGUACAUUGGACGGGGAUUCUUUCACACUUUGUGACUCUCCUUCCAAAAUAAUCCAGA